AUCAUCCAAAGACAACGACUCUCGAAAUCAGGUGAAGCGAGAAUGAAAGUUAAUCUUUUGAUCGCACUGCCUCUACUGAUCUUCCUAGUUCAGGGUUACUACAGUCAACUCCAAGGAAAAUCAGGAAAAGAAAACGUAUAUGACAUUGACAGCGAACAACGAACAGGUGGUACAGUUGGAAAAGAACCCGUGACGAUAAAAGGUGAACAGCAGUUAACCUCUUCUGGCCCUUCUCCGGGAUCAGGUAGUACAGCUGAAAGAAAACACGGAAUGGUUCGAAGAGAACAGCAGGUAACCUCUUCUGGCCCUUCUAGUUCAACAGAAUCAGGUGGUACAGUUGGAAAAGAACCCGUGACGAUAAAAAGUGAACAGCAGUUAACCUCUUCUGGCCCUUCUUCGGGAUCAGGUUAG